AUGCUGCUGCUUCUGCCAAAGGAAGAGUUGGAAGAUGAAGCUUCACCUAUAACAGCUUCCAUAAAAUGUAGGGGCUCAAGGGAGAGUUCUACAACUAUUCAGGAUGUGGAAACACCUUCAACUGCAACCAUCCUAUUGUCGCCAAUUCAUAGUAGAUUCCUUGAGUGGUGUAUUAAAACUAAAAAGAAAACCAUAUUUCUAAUAUCUCAAUAUUUGUUAGCAGCUGAAUAUGAAAAAGAAAUAUCUCCAGACUGGUGGGGUAACAAAUUUGGAUUUGUGUCUGGAGGAUUACUUGGAGCACAAUCCAAGAGAAAGAAGUCUAACAGCACAUCGGAAAUCACUCAAAAUAGUAACAAAAGGACUGCAUUUUAUGAAGAGGAUCAAGAGAAUCUUUACAAACUUGUACAAGAUAAAGCAACUUCUGGAAAACAGGGACUUGGUAUAAAGGAUCGCCCAAGGAAAAUAGCAGGGGUUCGCUUUCAAGGGACAAAAACGUCUUUUAGCGACAGUGAGAGGGAGGAGUCUGAGUCGGAAGAUGAUCAUUCUUUAAAAAAACAAAAAAUUGAUGAUGUGUCGGAAUCAAAAGUGAAUCUAAAGAAACUCUGUAGAAAGCUUCUUAGCCAGGUACCUGAGAAAUCAUUGAAGCUUAAAAAACUCAAAGCUCUAAUCGAUGAAAACUCUUCAAUUUUUUCCAAUUUCUCUUCAAAGAAGGAUUCUCUUGAAUUUUUGAGACAGAAGCUUGAACGCAGUGAAAAGUUUAUUGUGGAAGGGAAGAGAGUUAGUCUCUCAUCAAAAUGAGAACAAAUCUUUUUGGAGAAUUUCAAAGUGUAGAGUUUGCUAAGGCUUGUAAUCCUAUCGAGUUACACAAUUGGAUUUGUUAGCAGGUAAUUAAUAUUAUUAUUCUUAAGAGAAUAUAGAUUUGAAAAUUUUGAACACAUCCAUUUAGGGAAUUUUAAUGUGUCUUAUUUUAUUAUUAACAGUUGUACCCUUUGUCA